CGGUCAAACCCGAUCCAGUUUCCGGUGUCGGGCUGCCACCCGAAUGCGUAGGGCUUCAUUGGUCGGUGCUUCACUGCUUCCAAAACCCAGAAAAGAUAUAUAUAUAUAUAUAUAUAUAUAAAGAGAGAGAGAGAGAGGACUCAAAUCGAACAUCUCAUGGCCUUUCUUUUCCAGAAAUUUCAAGAGGCUGUUAAAACUCUGGCAAAAAGUCCCACAUUUGCUAGAGAUCCAAGAAAGCUUCAAUUUGAGGCUGAUAUAAAUCGUCUCUUCCUGUAUACGAGCUAUACUCGUUUAGGAAGGGAGGCGGAUGAAACAGAUGUAGAGGAGAUCAUCGAUAUGGCUAGUAAGGCCUCUAUUGUUGAUCAACAGAAGCAGGUCCAAGAAAAUAUCCAUUCUCAGAUUAGGACAUUCUGCACAUGGAUGGAUGAAAUUCUUCUUGAUUCAAAGAGCACAAAUGGAACUUCUGAAUCAAUUUCACAAAAGAAUACUGUUAUAAGCCGUAGUGGCCUUAGCCUUGCUGUAGGAAGGAUGAGCUCGCCAACUAAAAAUCCUGCUGUACCAGAUACAAGACCAUUAAAAUGUGCUGAGCUGUCGCAGAGGCUAAAGAAUCUCAUGGGCUACACCCUCGAGCUCAAAUCAUCUCAAAUUCCACAUGAAGAAGCUGGCCUGGGUCUGUUUAUAGAUGGUCAAGCGGAUGUUGGUUCUGUAAUAGCAUUCUACCCCGGAAUAAUUUACUCUCCAGCUUACUACCGUUACAUUCCUGGAUACCCAAGAGUUGAUUCACACAAUCCUUACUUGAUAUCAAGGUAUGAUGGAACUGUGAUUAAUGCGCAGCCCUGGGGUGUUGGGGGUGAAACCCGUGAAGUGUGGGAUAUCUCGAAUGUAGUAGAAUCUAUGCCAAACGUGCAAGAUGCUGAUAGAGGUACUGAUCGAAUCUGGACGAUGCUCAGCAAACCCUUGCAAGCCACCAGAGUUGCCAGCAGCGGUGAUGUGUUGGAGCGAAGAAAUGCACUAGCGCUUGCUCAUUUUGCCAACCACCCUGCAAAGGGUAUGCUCCCUAACGUCAUGGUUUGCCCAUAUGAUUUUCCAUUGACUGAAACGGAUAUGAGAACUUACAUACCAAAUAUACAAUUUGGAGGCAGAGAGGAAGUAAAUAUGAAGAAAUUUGGCACUUUUUGGCUCAAAUCGUGGGGAUCCAGCAGCAGCAAUGGAUCAUCAUCAGAUGUGCCUGUUCUAAAGACUAUUGUCCUUGUGGCCACCAGGGCGCUUUCGGACGAAGAGGUGCUCUUGAAUUAUAGGUUAAGCAACUCAAAGCGCUGGCCAUCCUGGUACUCUCCAGUAGAUGAGGAAGAGGAUCGGAGAAGGUGGGGCUGAAUUUGCGCAGUAAUGUGAUUUUCCGUUUUUUCUUUGACGUCACCAAGGAGCCGCUUCCAAGCUGCAAUAUUUUUUUUGUCCAAGUAUAAACCUAACUGGUGUGGAGUAGUAGGUGAAUUGUUCUGAAAUUACGUCCGACACUAUUUAACUAUGAAGGGAUGGUGAAAGUAAUAUCAAUCAGGGCAGGCCAAAUUCUACUAUUAUACUGAAUUAUAGUGACAAUAGGGUGUGGAAACAUGCCAUGUUAUGAACUAUUUCUAUUAGUGGUUGUAAUUCGAAGCACUCAAGGAUCCUUUCGUUUUGCUAGGUCUCUAGGAUCCUUUAAAUUGUUGUUGGAUUUGAUGGUUUUGUUAGGCUAUGCUAUGGUUUGUGUCAUCAUUUUGUUUGGUUUUUGAUGUUAGUAUUUCCAAG